UGUAUCUUUUCUUAAUCGUUUCUUUUCUUUUUUUUUUUUUUUUUUUUUAUUAUUAACGUUUCACAGGGAUGCAAGCAUCGGAGCUAGAACCUUUGGUCGGGGGAACUGGAACGGACACUAUCGACGGAGUGGUGCCCGAGGGCGACGAGCGCGAGGAAGACAUGCCGGACUUGAAAAUAGCUUUCAGGGGUAAAAAAUCAGGUAGGACCGUAAGGAUAUCGGAUGAUAAAGGGCUGAGCAAACCGCAGGAGAAACCGUUUCCCACUGCUGAAGUCAUCGAGCUUAGACGACUCGCUGACGAGUACAAGCAUCGCGACUGGGGUUGCGGUCUGGCAGCCGAGGACGAGGCUUCGCUGUGGAAACGAGUCUCCAGUAACCACGCUCUCAACGCGCUGUCCCUUGCCAGGUCAGUAACGAAGGAAGAGAAAGAAAAAGAGAACACGAGAAAAGUUGCUCCGGUUACCGCCGCGAUGACCAUGCCUCCUGCAGGUCGACCAUCUUCGGUUCAAGCUAGACCCAUUCAUGGAAUUUUGCAGGAUGAUUCUAAAGCGGAUACGGAAAGAGCUAUUGCUCGCGCAAGAAAAGAUUUCUUGAUCCGCCAUCAUCUGGAUCGUACUACUGGCGUGGGCGAUGGUGCACUGCUUCCCUCUCCAACGAGAGAAAAGUUGGAGCCCGUAAUACCACGACGUCGAGAGGAAACGAAAGAACACCGCGAAGAAAUUCAGCCUAAAACGAAAUCCAGCCCUAAGAACAGCCCAAGAACCGGUCGUUCGCAGAGUCUUGGUCCAACUGUGACGGAACGUCGAUCACCUAAACGUCAACCGCCUCGUGCGCCUUCCGUCACCAAAGAUGCCAAGGAAAAGGAGAAGGAAUCAAAGGACAAGGAGAAAGAGCAAAGGGAAAAAGGCGGUGAGCCUGAAAGGCAUCCACGACCGACGGGUGUUUCAGUCACGGGCCCUGGCCGCGUGCGUUGGAGCAUACGGGAACCGUCGACGGUUUCCUCGACGGGUUCGUCGACCAGCGUGCCACCAUUACCGCCACCACCCUCGGGCCCAGGGCCUACUCCGUUCUACAGGAGGUCCCCGCAGGUCCAUCGGAAAUCCUUCCUCGCAACCACAGCUCCCCCCUAUCGCCCCCUUCAUCACAUCAAACCCUCGACCACUACCACAAGUACUACCACAAUUACCACUACUACUACCACAACCACUAUCACUACCACCACAAACACAACAAGUACAAGCGUAAAACCCCCGGUAAAACAUUCGAUUCAUACGAGUGUCCAUCACCCACCUACGUCGAGCGCUGCUGCUGCGGCCAGGCCGGACCGUGUUAAAGAUAUAAGCCGAUCCCACCAAGGUCCAAACGAAGCUCAGGCAAAAACGGGCCGCGACCAGUCAGCUGCGGCUGCGGCCGCAGCCGCCGUCGCCGAUCCAUCCAAAUCAUCCUCCGAUAGUCGAUACGCGUCAAACCAAGCCGCUACCGCCGUCCAACCUAUGACGGCAGAGCCACAAGUAAACGGGGACGUGACAGGUGGAGAGUCGAGUGUCGCGUCGACACCACCGUCCCAGUCUCAGGCACCAGUUUCAGCCACCGCCGCAAGCCCGUGGAUCGACGACGAACCGGUAGUGAAAAGUCCACCAGAACCGACAAGGGUAAAGUCGCCGGAACAGAUGAUCAUGCGCUCACCGGAGCCGGUCAACUGGACGGUUCCAUUAGACACCGGGAAAACAUUCACUGUCACGCAAAACGUUAGAGAAGAACCUCUGACGCGUCCGCAUAGCGAGGCAAAGAGCUGGGCACCUUCGUCGGUUCCAUCGGCUCCGCAAUCUGCACCACCUGAAUUAGCGGCACAGCACAAGUCGCAACAUUCCCAACAUUCCGGAUAUAAAUCUCCAGAAAGUGAAAGUGUUUCUAUAGGUAGCUUUAGCGGUUUGAACGGACACAAGGACAUGGACUCCGAAAGGGAUAGUCCGUUGCCCUCAAAUAUUCAAACUGGCGGCACUCCCACACAUAUUGACGAUGAAACAGGCGGUAUCGAAGAAGAAUCUAAGGAACAAAGAUCGGAGCCAUCAAUAAAAUCCGUAGCAGGGACGAGCUUAAGAUGUCUAGAGGAUCCAAGUUUUGACUAUGAGAGAAAAAAAGAAGGUAGUCAGCCAACAACGACGGCGACCAUGACAGCCCCCUCAUCGACGACGACUCCUCAGCAGGGUUAUCGUAUUCUAGAGGCAGAAUCACCUCAAGGUGGCACGAUUGAUAGUGGCGGUGCCGGUAACAUGGGUGGAAUAGGAAGUAGCGGGGGUGGCUACCAUGUACUGGAAGCGCCGACAGUGGUUCCAGGCUCUGCACAACGUUCCGCAGCGAGCGAAGUGCUGGAAAAAGCACGAAAUCGUUUCGAUAAAUUCUGGGGAAAGGGCAGCGGUUCAGAGAAUUAGGGCGUUCAAUGCAAGAUAAUAAAAGUAGUAGCAAUGUUCUCGAAAGCGGAGAAACAAAGAGAAACGAAAAAGACGAAGGUAGAAGAGAAAAGGAGAAUAAAUGAUAAAACAAUUCGACGAGGUUCCUAUGGAAGCUCCUUUCCUGAUUCGUCUUCUUGUUCCGGUUGUUUUUCAUCGGAAACGAGAUAUCUCGUAGGUUCCUUUCCGUCUUACUCGUCACGUGCUGAGCGUUCUUCGUUCUUCCGGAAACGCCUCGAAAAAUCUGUUCGAGCAUUUUCUUUAAUUCGAUCAUCAAAACCAUAUAUAUAAAUAUAUAUUGUAUUCAUUUCAACCAAAAGUUGAAAUGAUAUAUUGUAGCAGAAAUUUUUUUUUUUUCAGGAAAAAUUUAUUUUUCAUUUUAUAUAUUAUUUUAAGCACGAAAAGAAGAGUUUUUCGAAUUUAUACGAGUGCUUGAAUGUAAUUGAUAAAGCUUCGAAGAAAAGAAUUGGUAUAUAUAUCUUCUCUAUAAAAUGAUCGAGGAAAACGAAGAGGUGCGUGCAGGGAACAUAUUUUAUUAAAAUUCGAAGAAUGCAUUUGAUUAUGUACACAAAUACACAUUUACACAAUACACAGUGUUAUGCACACAUAAGUUUUUUAAUUGCCAGAAUCAGCAAAUACGUACAUAGUAUAAUACGACAUAGUAAAACAUGAUUUUAAGUCGAAAUGUUAAAAAAUGUUAAAACAAAAAAUUUUAAAAAUCUAAUUUCCAAUUUGUAGGACAUUCAGAUAUACACAAAUACACGCGAUACCACGCGAUAAGAUGAUACAUAGAAAGGCACGCACUUAGACGAGUAUGCGAGUCAAUAAGUUUCUAAGAUGUUUCAAGUGAUCCUUCGAUGUUUCGAAGGAGGAUCAGCCAUAGUUAAGUCCGAAUUUUUUUUUCCAUUAUAAGAAUAGAACAAAAGAAGAAGAAGAGAAAAAAAAGAAAGAAAAUAAUCGUGACGAAUCGAAUUGCGAGGAAAUAAAAUACGGCUUGUUGCUAUAAAUAAGGAGAGAAGGAUUCAAUAACCUUCAACCGCUUCGUGCAUUUUAUAUAAAUCUAUAUACAAAAAACAAUUAUGUACGUAUACACGAAUAUGAAUGUGUACAAUUAAUGGGUAUUGCACUCGCGGAUUACAUAAUCACGGAACCGAAAAUAUUCCUAGGAUCUUUCCUGUCAAUCAUCCAAUAUUUCGACUUAUCGAUCAAUUUAAAAAAAAAAAAAAAAAAGAUCUCUAGAAAGAAAGUUGAUCAUCCGCGAUAGAUCUGUUAAAUUAUUAUCGAUAGUACUGUGAAAGGAUUAGUUUCUUUUAAAUACAAACUAACAUUUUUUGCGUUUGCCGAUUCAGAAAUGGAUAUCUAUUCCAUUUUUAUAUAGAAUACUUGAUCGUUUUUAAGAAAUUUAUAUAAAAUCGUCUAUAUUAUUAACUGCACAAUAACUGAUAUUUUUCAGUUAUAUCAUAUUUAUAUUAUUAUACAGAUAUUCUUAUAUCUUAUUCAUUUAUUUAUUUCUUACUUUGAGCAAAAAGAAAAUCUUUAGUCUUUCUUGUAAGUACUUCGAUAUCUUGAUCUUUCCUUGAAUUUUCUUCAAAAAAAUUUCUGAAAGAAACGAUCAAGUAUCAUCCAACGAGCAAUUUGUCGAAAAAAAAAAAAACUGGCAAAUGAAAACUAUCAUCAAGCGAAAUGAAUUACUGUAGUGAGGCGUAGUGUUUUUUUCAUGCAUAAUACAAAUUCUCGAGAACAACCGGGAAAGACGAAUUAAUUCGAUCGUUGGGAACCGACGAGAAUCGAAAUAAAACGAAGGGAAAUUUGCAAUUCCUACGAAUUUCGCGCGAGAAAUCACGCUUUUACGCGUCGCUUGAAACUUACGACUAGAAACUUGGUAUUAGUUCAAAAUAUAUUGAAAUUAUGGAAUAAUUUGAAAAAAAAAAAAAAA